ACUUGCCAGUCGUUAUUAGCGUUGUUUGAACAACGUAUAUAAGGGUGAUGAUUCACGUGUGUUUGAACGUUUGCCGCCAUAGUUGCCGGCUGUCUAUAAUAGGAAAUCUUUAUAAAUCCCAAUCUUUUGUAAUCCAGCGUUUCGGAGCUAGAUUCUGCACCAAAAUGGCUAAGCCACAAGUAUUUUUCGAUAUAACAGCCGAUAAUCAACCUCUAGGUCGAAUUGUUAUGGAGCUUCGACAGGAUGUUGUACCAAAAACAGCAGAAAACUUUCGGGCAUUGUGUACUGGCGAGAAAGGUUUUGGUUACAAAGGAAGCACCUUCCACAGGGUUAUUCCAAACUUCAUGUGUCAGGGUGGCGACUUCACUAAGCAUAAUGGCACUGGUGGGAAGUCUAUCUAUGGUGAGAAGUUUGAAGAUGAGAACUUCAUCUUGAAGCACACUGCUCCAGGCAUUCUUUCUAUGGCCAAUGCAGGCCCAAACACUAAUGGAUCCCAGUUUUUUCUUACAACUGUCAAAACAGCCUGGUUGGAUAACAAGCAUGUGGUAUUUGGCCAGGUUGUAGAAGGAAUGGAAAUAGUGAAGAAAAUAGAAAGUUUUGGGAGUCAAAAUGGCAAAACCUCAAAAAAGAUUGUUAUUCAGAAUUGUGGACAGCUGUAAACUGUGUGGUUUAAACGGUCACAUUCCUAAUACUUUUUAUGUUUGCUCUAAUUUUUUUUCAAUGCUUUUCCUUUUCUAUUUUUAUUUUCUAAAGCUAAUGUAAUUAUGUAUCCUCCUUCCUAUAUACAGUACUAGAUGUAUUAGGGUUACUCAAUAGGAUCAAAUGAAUAGGUCUAGUUGUCAAGCAAAAUAGUUUUUAAGGAUGACUUGCAUAAGUUUAAAACCAUUCAUUUAAUAAAUUCUGAUGACCUUACAGUA